UCUUUUUUCUUCACCUAAUUUCACCAUCUUACCCCUUGAAAUUCAAAUCCCUUUUGCCGGAUUCCAAACUUCUACUCAAAUUGAAUUUUAUUUUCGAUUUUGGCAAAACCCCACAAAUUAUUGUAAUUAAUUAUUGCUACUACUAUAGUUUAUUUUGGUAGCUCAAAUUAAAGUUAAUUUUUUUUAUAAAUUUUUCAGCAAUUUCCAAAGUUUUUACUAUUACCAGUAGAAAUUUCAUUUCAUUUUCAUUUCACCCUCUUUUUUUCUCUCUCUAUUGUAUUUUCUCUCUCUAAUUUCUCACUUAAACAAUCAAAGAUUUUAUUUUUUUGCAACUUUAAUUUAGGUGUGAUUUUGGGUUUGCUGGAAAAGUUGUUCAUUACUUGAAGGUGAUGAUUUUUCUGUCGUUUUAUACUUGGAAAGGUGUCGUUUGAUGGCAUUGAAGUGUUAUUCUGAACUUUGGUAAAGGGAAUAGGCUUAUAUAGGAUCUUACUAGUUUGAAGGCAUAUUUGGAAUAUACUGUAAUUAAUUGGAAGAAUACAUAAUUAUAUAUGCAUGGAGGCCAAAGAAAAUAUGACAACGGGGGUGACGGUUAUAGGAGCAGAGGCUCCGUCGAAUUAUCAUGUGGCAUCCAGGGGUGAAUCCCCUUCUCAUGGGCAUCCUCAGACAGCUAUGUCACCUGGGGCUGUGACUCCAGUAAGUGCUGGGAUGUCAGGAUUGAUGGAGAAAAAGAAGAGGGGAAGGCCUCGAAAAUAUGGUCCAGAUGGUAGUGUAUCGAAAUCAUACUCGCCAAUGCCGAUAUCAGGAUCAGCACCAUCAUCAGCUGGUAGUUAUCCAAGUGGGAAACGGGGUAGGGGGAAAUCAGCGGCUUCAGAGGCCAAACAACAGCCCAGAUAUGAUAUGGUUUCCAUGGGUGACGAAUUUGGACGUACUGAUGGAGCUAACUUUACUCCUCAUGUUAUAACAGUUAAUGUUGGUGAGGAUGUUACAGCAAAAAUCAUAUCCUUUUGUCAACAAGGACCACGUGCAAUUUGCAUUCUUUCAGCUAAUGGAAUGGUAUCAAAUGCUACACUUCGUCAAUCUGAUUCUUCUGGUGGUACAUUGACGUACGAGGGACGCUUUGAAAUAGUAAACUUGUGUGGAUCUUUUACACCUACUGAAAGAGAAGGUACAAGAUAUAGGGCAGGUGGGCUGAGUGUCUCUCUGUCAAGUCCUAAUGGUCAAGUUGUUGGGGGAUGCGUUGCUGGACUAUUGAUCGCUGCUAGCCCCGUUCAGGUGAUUGUGGGGAGUUUCUUACCAACUAACCCACCUGAGCUCAAGCCAAAGAAGCAUAAAGUUCAGCAACAACAACAACAACAACAACAACCGUCUGCACCUACUCCUUUUACAAUUACAACCGCCCUUCCCCCGCCUUCUACUGCAGAGAAAGACAGCUGUAAUGGCCAAGGUCACAACCAUAAUAAUUCUGGUGCCCCGAUGCAGAGCCUCACUUCGCCUACAUCUUAUCAACGAGAUAAUUGGCCGAACACACAUCCUAUGCAGGAGCGAAGGACAUCGACCACUGAUAUAAAUAUAUCAUUGCCUGGAGGGAUGCAGUAGCCAGUAGGUCCUCAGCUGGUAGUCUGACUUGUAUGCUAAUCAGCUAAUCACAGGAGGAGAAUAUAAAGGCUUCUUAGAGGGUUUUCCCUGAUUGUAUUAUGUGCACAUUUUCUGAAAUUUGGAGAUUUGUAUGGACUAACUUAGUAUCAAUUAAUGUUUUACACGCUAGUUAUAUUAGGAAGCUGUGUUUUAGUAUGGCAGGUUUAAUAUGCUGGGAAGUAAGUUGGGUGUGGUUCUUGUCUGUAUCACUGUAUGUUCCUCUAUAGAAAUGAUAAGGUUGUAAGCACCUUAUAACUUUAGGUUGAAUCUUGAUUACCACGUUUAUGAUAUUGGUUUCUUGGUUA